CUUUACUCAUACUUCUGUGCAUCGCUCACUCAGUACUCAGCACUGACGAUGACAGAAAAUCAAUACGACGUUGGUAGUCCUUUGACCUUUAUAUAUAAGGAGAUCGACGGAAUCCGCGUCUCGCUCGAUGUUUAUCUUCCACCAGACGGCAACGUCGACCAGCAAUGUUCCCAACAGGUGAAGCAUUGCCCGGCCGUCGUCUACUUCCACGGAGGGGGACUCACCGUAGGAAAUAAACAAAGCUGGUUCCCUACUUGGCUGAAAAGCCGGUUGUCUGCACGCGGUAUCAUAUUCAUCAGUGCAGAUUAUCGUCUUCUUCCUCCGGGGACCGGAUACGAUGUCCUCGCUGAUGUGAAAGAUGCUAUCGCAUUUGUCGCAGGAGAUUUGAAUGUUCAAAUUGAUCAGGAGCUGGCUGGUCUUAGCUUUGGUUCACGUUUCCGCGUAGAUCCCGCGUCAAUCGGUGUGGCUGGAAGUAGUGCGGGCGGGUACUGUGCAUAUCUGUGUGCUAUUCAUGCAGUCCCGAAACCGAAAGUACUUCUCAGCUUGUAUGGUAUGGGAGGUGAUUUCCUAACCGACCAAUAUCUCGCACUCAAGAAGCAAUCUUUCCUCCGGGGAAGGGAAAUGCUAGAUCCCGCCGAUUUCUCCGAAUAUAUGUAUCCGUUCGACAGCCUCCCAAGCACAUCAGACUCACCACUCGCAUACCAUCCACAGUCAUAUCAUAUCCCAGGAUAUCCCGCAAACCCACGAAUGCUAAUCACACGAUUAUACCUGCAACUCGGAGUUGCCUUAGACUAUAUCACAGGCCAGCAUGAACCAAGUCUCAGUGCUACGUUGCGCGAGGCCAUCCAUAUCGAGGGCCCCUUGGAUGAGGCGCUCAUUGCUGAUCACAAGAUGAUUUUUCCCCAGUUCAAUGUUACGUCGGAUUGGCCAGCGACAUAUCUCAUCCACGGAACCAAUGACACGGCUGUCCUUCUACGGGAGUCUCGUACUUUGCAUUCCUUACUCGCAAAGGCUGGUGUAGAAGUCAUAUCAGAAGAGUUACCUGGUCGAGAGCAUUCAUUCGAUUAUCAACCAGGCGCAGAGCUGGAAUACGAAGGAUCGUUUGAUGCGAUUGUCCAGUUCCUUUAUCGUCACCUAACUUAGAACUGGCACUUAGUCAGAUGGAUGACUGAGUCAGACCUAGUCAGACUGACGCUAAGUCCUGGCGGCUAGAUAGACACAGUAGACCAGCACG